GGGGUGCGCAGGGCUGACUAGACGGAUCGGGCAAAGGCCCUCAGGCGCCUGGUCUAGCCUUGCUGACACCUCCUGAUGCCUAGGGGCUCGGUGCUCCCCGAGGGGGCUCCACUGGAGCUGAAAGGGCAAUGCCCCCCACGGCUGUCUUGUGCCCGUCACCACUGCCCUGGGGCAGCUGAAGCGAGGAGACGUGCCUCCGUGGGUGCCACGCCACUGGGAGGGCCCUUCUGCUGCUCCCCUUCUCAGCGGUACCUGUGAUGGCUCCCUGGCCUCCCUUCAGCCCACACGUCCUGCUCAUGCUGCUGCAGCUGCUGUGCCCAGUGCUGCCCUUGACCCAGGCCCAUCACUUCUCUGCACCCAACACCACCUUCAACCGCUUGGCACUGGCACCAGGCCAAGGCACGCUCUACGUUGGUGCUGUAAACCGCCUCUUCCAGCUCAGCCCCCAGCUGCAGCUCAAGUCUAUGGCUGUCACUGGCCCUGUCUUCGACAGCCCUGACUGUGUGCCUUUCCACGACCCAGCUGAGUGCCCACAAGCCCGGCUCACCAACAAUGCCAACCAGCUGCUGCUGGUAAGCAGCCGGGCCCGGGAGCUGGUGGCCUGCGGGCAGGUACGGCAGGGCGUGUGUGAAAAGCGAAGCCUUGAGGAUGUGGCCAAGGUGCUAUACCAGGCCGAGGACCCUGGUGAUGGGCAGUUUGUGGCCGCCAAUAACGCAGGAGUGGCCACGGUGGGCCUGGUAGUGCCUGCGCCAGGCCGUGACCUCCUGCUGGUGGCCAGAGGCCUGGCAGGCAAGCUGUCGGGAGGGGUGCCGCCCCUGACUGUGCGCCAGCUGGCAGGACCUCAGCCCUUCUCCAGCGAGGGUCUGGGCCGCCUUGUGGUGGGUGACUUCUCCGACUACAACAACAGCUAUGUGGGGGCCUUUGCUGACACUCAGUUCGCCUACUUUGUCUUCUGCCGCCGUGGGGCCCGGGCACAGGCAGAGUACCACUCCUAUGUGGCCCGAGUCUGUCUGGGGGAUGCCAACCUUUACUCGUACGUGGAGGUGCCUCUCACCUGCCAGGGCCAGGGCCUCAUCCAGGCGGCCUUCCUCACCCCCGGCGCCUUGCUGGGGACAUUUGCCGCAGGCCCAAGGGGGGCACAGGCGGCCCUGUGUGCCUUUCCCCUGGCUGAGCUGCACGGGAGCAUGGAGGAGGCCCGGCGCCUUUGCUACACGGCAGGUGGCCGGAGCCCCAGCGGCAAGGAGGAGGCCACCGUGGAGUAUGGUGUCACGUCUCGCUGCGUCACUUUGCCCCCUGACUCCCCCGAGUCAUACCCCUGUGGUGAUGAGCACACCCCCAGCCCCAUUGCUGGGCGCCAGCCCCUGGAGGCCAGGCCCCUGCUGAGGCUUGGGCAGCCCAUCAGUGCCGUUGCAGCCCUCCAGGCAGAUGGGUACACGAUAGCCUUCCUGGGGGACACCCAGGGCCAGCUGCACAAGGUCUUUCUCAACGGCUCCCAAGGCCAGGUAUACCAUUCCCAGCAAGUGGGGCCUCCGGGCUCGGCCGUCAGCCGGGAUCUGCUGGUGGAUGGCAGCGGCAACCACCUCUACGUUCUUACAGCUCAGCAGGUGAAGGCAGUCCCAGGGGGGCUGGGCACAUGCGGUCUCAGGGCCCAUACCCGCCACCUCUGUUCCCUGCUGCCCAUCCAGGUGGACCGGGUGCCCGUGGCAGCCUGCCCCCAGUUCUCUGACUGUACCAGUUGCCUCCAGGCCCGGGACCCACUAUGUGGCUGGUGUGUCCUCCAGGGCAGGUGUACCCGCAAGGCCCAGUGCGGGCAGGCAGCACAGCCCAACCGGUGGCUGUGGAGCUGUGAGGAGAACAGCCACUGCCCUCACAUCCAGAGCCUGCUGCCCACCCACCACCCCCGCCAGGAGCAGGGCCAGGUUACUUUGUCUGUCUCCCGGCUGCCCACCUUGGCCACAGACGAAUACCUACAUUGCGCCUUUGGGGACUAUGACAGCUUAGCUCACGUGGAAGGGUCCCACGUGGCCUGUGUCACCCCUCCCCAAGACCAGCUGCCACUUAACCCUCCAGGCACAGACCACAUCACCUUGUCCCUGGCCCUGAUGUUUGAGGAUGUGGCCGUCGCUGUCACUGACUUCUCCUUCUAUGACUGCAGUGCUGUCCAGGCCUUGGGAGCAGCUGCCCCGUGCCGAGCUUGCGUGGGCAGCCUCUGGCGGUGCCACUGGUGCCCGCAGAGCAGCUGCUGCACAUACGGAGAGCACUGCCCCGAGGGCGAGAGGACCAUCUACAGUGCCCAGGAGGUGCACACCCAGGUGCGUGGCCCAGGGGCUUGUCCCCGGGUCGAAGGCCUGGUAGGUCCUCCCCUGGUUCCCGUGGCCUGGGAGAGCCGUUUGGCCCUGCGUGUGAGGAACCUUCAGCAUUUCCGAGGCCUGCCUGGCUCCUACCACUGCUGGCUGGAGCUGCCUGGAGAACUGCAGAGGCUGCCAGCCUCCCUAGAAGAGACGGUUGGGGAUGCGGGCCUCAUCUACUGCCAAGCCCAUCAGUUCCACCCCUCCAUGGCCCAGCGGGAGCUCCCUGUGCCCAUCUAUGUCACCCGGGGUGAGGGCCAGCGACUAGACAACGCACAGACUCUUCAUGUGACCCUGUAUGACUGCGCUGCGGGCCACCCUGACUGCAGCCACUGCCAGGCAGCCAAUAGGAGUCUGGGCUGCGUGUGGUGCAGCCACAACCAGCCCACCUGUCGCUACGGGCCGCUGUGCCCACCCAGGACAGUGCAGCUGCUGUGUCCCACACCCAGCAUUGACACGAUUGAGCCCCUGACUGGCCCCCCUGAGGGUGGCUUGGCCCUCACCAUCCUGGGCUCCAACCUGGGCCGGGACUUUGCCGAUGUGCAGGGUGCCGUGAGUGUGGCUGGCCGGCCCUGCAGCCCUGACCCCUUUCUCUACCGCAUCUCUGCCCGGAUUGUGUGUGUGACAUCUCCUGCCCCCAGUGGCACCACGGGGCCAAUCCAAGUGGCCAUUGAGAAUCGGCCACCGGGUAUCUCAACCCAGCACUUCACCUACCAGGACCCCGUCCUGCUGAGCCUGAGCCCCCAGUGGGGCCCCCUGGCAGGAGGCACCCAGCUCACCAUCUGGGGACAGCACCUCCAGACAGGAGGCAACAUCAGCGCCUUUGUGGGCAGCCAGCCCUGCCCUAUACAGGAGCCAGUGUGUCCGGAGGCCAUUGUGUGCCACACCAUGCCCCAGGCCAACCCAGGAGAGGCGGUGGUCCGUGUGGUCUUUGGCCAUGCCCAGCGCACACUGCUCACCAGCCCCUUCCGCUAUACUGCCAACCCCCAGCUGGUGGUGGCGGAGCCAAGCGUCAGCUUCCGGGGGGGUGGGCGGCUGAUUCGAGUCAGAGGCACGGGCCUGGACGUGGUGCAGCAGCCCCUGCUGUCUGUGUGGCUGGAAGCCGAGGAAGCGAUGCAGGCUGCAGGGACCCUAUCCUGGAACCCAAGUCCAAGGAGGAGCUGCGGCGCUCCCACUGCAGCUCCCCGGGCUUGUGUGCAGCUUGGGGGGGGCUUGCUGCAGUGCUCCACCAUCUGCUCCGUCAACUCGUCCAGCCUCCUCCUGUGCCAGAGCCCCGCCGUGCUGGAUGGGGCACGCCCCCUGAGGGUCUUCUUCACUCUAGACAACAUGCACGUGGACUUUGCCAGCACCAAUGGGGGCCAGGACUUCCUGUACCAGCCCAACCCCCGCCUCGUCCCCCUUAGCCGCGAGGGGCCUGCCCGCCCUUAUCGCCUCAAGCCAGGCAACGUCCUGGACGUGGAGGGCGAGGGCCUCAGCCUGGGGAUCAGCAAGGAGGAGGUGCGCGUGCACAUCGGCAACGGAGAGUGCCUGGUAAAGACACUCACACUCACCCACCUGUACUGCGAGCCGCCUCCACAGGCACCACAACCCGCCAAUGGUUCCAGCACCCUGCCUCGGUUCGUGGUACAGAUGGGCAACGUGCGGCUGGACCUGGGCCCUGUCCAGUACGAGGCUGAGCCUGUGCUCUCCGCCUUCCCUGUGGAGGCCCAGGUGGGCCUGGGCAUAGGCACUGCCGUGCUGAUUGCUGCUGUGCUCCUCCUCACCCUCAUGUACAGGCACAAGAGCAAGCAGGCCUUGCGGGACUACCAGAAGGUUCUGGUCCAGCUGGAGAACCUGGAGAUUGGCGUGGGGGACCAGUGCCGCAAGGAGUUCACAGACCUGAUGACCGAGAUGACAGACCUCAGCAGUGACCUGGAGGCCAGUGGAAUCCCCUUCCUGGAUUACCGCACAUAUGCUGAGCGUGUCUUCUUCCCUGGGCAUGGCAGCUGCCCGCUGCAGCCCACAUUCGAGGGGCCUGGGGAAGAGGGCUGCCGUGCCCCUCUGUGCCAGGGCCUCACACAGCUCUCCAACCUGCUCAACAGCAAGCUCUUCCUCCUCACGCUUGUCCACACCCUGGAGGAGCAGCCCAGCUUCUCCCAACGGGACCGCUGCCACGUGGCUUCUCUGCUGUCCCUGGCACUGCACAGCAAGCUUGAGUAUCUGACUGACAUCAUGAGGACGCUGCUUGGUGACCUGGCCGCCCAUUAUGUGCACAAGAAUCCCAAGCUCAUGCUGCGCAGAACGGAGACCAUGGUGGAAAAGCUGCUCACCAACUGGCUGUCCAUCUGUCUCUAUGCCUUCCUGAGGGAGGUGGCUGGUGAGCCACUGUACAUGCUCCUUCGGGCCAUCCAGUACCAGGUGGACAAGGGCCCUGUGGAUGCCGUGACUGGCAAGGCGAAAAGGACCCUGAACAACAGCCGCUUGCUGCGGGAGGACGUGGAGUUCCGGCCCCUGACACUGAUGGUGCUGGCGGGCCCAGAGGCUGCUGGGGCCACAGGGAGCAGUGUGGUGCAGCGUGUGCCUGCCCGGGUGCUCGACACAGACACCAUCACCCAGGUCAAGGAGAAGGUGUUGGACCAAGUCUACAAGGGCACCCCCUUCUCCCUGAGGCCCUCAGUGCAUGCCCUAGAUCUCGAGUGGCGGUCAGGCUUGGCUGGCCAUCUAACCCUGUCAGAUGAGGACCUGACCUCAGUGACCCAGAACCACUGGAAGAGACUCAACACCCUACAACACUACAAGGUUCCCGAUGGAGCCACAGUGGGGCUCAUCCCCCAGCUGCACAAUGGAGGUGCCAUCUCCCAGAGCCUGGCCCAGAGCUGCCCCUUGGGGGAGAGUGAGUCCCAUGGCCCAGAGGCACGCAUCUGCCCCCAGGAGCUUGAGGCGGGCAGGCAGGAGUCCUGGUCAUGCCAUCGGCCUUGCCUAGGUCUCCCCAGCACCUUGCCAGCAGACAUCCCCAUGCUGGAGGACAGUGAGGAGGGCGGUGUCCACCUCUGGCACCUGGUGAGAGCCACCGAGGAGCCAGAAGGGGCCAAGGUGCGGCGUGGCAGCCUGCGGGAGCGGGAGCGGGCACAGGCCAAGGCCAUUCCAGAAAUCUACCUCACCCGCUUGCUUUCCAUGAAGGGCACACUGCAGAAGUUUGUGGAUGACGCCUUCCAGGCCAUCCUCAGUGUGAAUCGACCUGUGCCCAUUGCUGUCAAGUACCUGUUUGACUUCCUGGAUGAGUUGGCAGAGAAGCAUGGCAUUGAGGACCCAGAGACCUUACACAUCUGGAAGACUAACAGCCUACUGUUGCGGUUCUGGGUAAACACCCUGAAGAACCCACAACUCAUCUUUGACGUGCGGGUGUCGGACAACGUGGAUGCCAUCCUGGCGGUCAUUGCGCAGACCUUCAUGGACUCCUGCAGUGUCUCGGAGCAUAAAGUGGGCCGGGACUCCCCAGUGAACAAACUGCUCUACGCCCGGGAGAUCCCUCGCUACAAGCAGAUGGUGGAGAGAUAUUACUGUGACGUUCGCCAGAGCUCCCCAGCGAGCUACCAGGAGAUGAACUCGGCUCUGGCCGAGCUCUCUGGGAACUACACCUCUGCUCCCCACUGCCUGGAAGCUCUGCAAGAACUCUACAAGCACAUCCAUAGGUAUUAUGACCAGAUCAUCAGUGCCCUGGAGGCGGAUCCUGUGGGCCAGAAGAUGCAGCUGGCCUGCCGCCUGCAGCAGAUCGCUGCCCUGGUGGAAAACAAGGUGACUGACCUGUGAGCUCACAGGUCACCCUCACAGCGGGAACCCCAUGCCCACCGGGCUGGACAGCAGCCAGGAGGACCUGCCGCCACAGUGCCUUAUGACCCCCGCAUUGAACCAGCAACCAAGGAGGGGCCAGCUGUGAGUGGGAGGGGGUCGCCCCCCAGGAGGCUCCGUGCAGCCUCUCCCACAGCCUGCUCUUCCUUCCCUGACCUGGGCUUCUUUCUAAUUUAUAGCAAUCCUUACCCCUCCCCACCCUGCCACUGUAUUUAUUUGCUUGCAGAGAAUCACAUCUGGAAAUAAAAUAGAAAUACAUCUUUUUACGAAAAAA